AUGCAGUUCUCUACUCUCGCCCUCUCCGCCCUCCUGAGCACGGCCUCUGCCGUCAGCGUCACCGUUGUCAAGGUCGCCAAUGUCAACAACGCGCUCAUCUACAGCCCCGACAGCAUCACCGCCAAAGCUGGUGACAUGGUCCAGUUCCAGUUCGAGGCAGGCAACCACACCGUGACCCAGUCCACCUUCGACCAGCCGUGCCAGCCGAUCAGCGACUUCACCAAGACCGUGGGCUUCCACUCUGGCUUCAUCCCGGUCACCGCCGCCUCAGGCGUGAUCCCCACCUACACCAUCACCAUCAACGACACCAAGCCCAUCUGGGUGUACUGCGCCCAGGGCAAGCACUGUGAGGCUGGCAUGGUCAUGGUCAUCAACCAGAACACUACCGCCAACGCUACCCGCUCAUUGGAAGGCUACAAGGCAUUGGCUGCCAAGGCCAGCACCAUCGUCCCCGGCUCUGCCUCCAGCGGCACCAAGGGCACCACCACCAACAGCACAUCGUCCUCCACGUCAAGCUCCAGCUCCACCGGCUCUUCGAGCUCCAGCUCCAGCUCCGUGGUCACUACCAGCGGCGGCUCUGUGCUCUCUGUUCCCAGCAUUGUCACCGGCAUGGUGGCUGUCGCUAGCUACUUCCUGCUGUAA